AGGUAGGUAGGUAGUAGUAAAUAGAGAACGUUAUAAACAACCACUAGUGAACCUAGACCUCCAAGAUCAAAUACAAUAUGACCAUCUACCAGAACGAGAACCCGUAUAACUCAUGAUCCACAAACAAACACUAGCAAGUACUUAUUUGAUGACGACUUAAUACUUGUAAGCUCUACUUUACCUCCUCAUCUAGGUCAAUUGUAGAUUAGAAAGAAAAUGAACACGGUCCACUUCUGUACGAAGAAGGAGAAGAAGUAAGUAAAGUGUUCAAGUGAGUACUUAGGUAGGUAGGUAGGUAGGUAGGUAGGUCUAAAGAGAUCCGGAUUCUCUGUGUGAUAUAUAUAAAGUCAUCAAGUCAGACGUCAGAUGGAUAGUUAGUAAUGAUUUUGGAAUUCUUUCUCUUACCUUGAUCAUUUGGCAACUAUAUAAUCUUAUUCAUCGUAUUAUCUUUUUUAAUCUACCAGCUCUUUACCUCGUCUUUCAACUGAAAUCUUCACCAUAAUCCAUCUGGAAUAUAUAUUUACAUACCUGUAUACACCCAUUUCUAGGGUAUAUAUAUAUUUACAAGGGAAAAGGAGAUUACGGAAAUCUUCAUUUUUAUCCUGGUUCCUAUCAAGGUCGUCUCGUUGGUGUGUAUGUCACAUCCAUAUGUCCAUACGUCCAUACGUCCAUCCAUCCAUCCAUCCAUCAAAUCCCAUUUCGAUCUCUGAGCCGUGGCCAUGUUUUCGGUGCGACAUCAACCGACAAUUAUCACGGGGAAAUGUACACUCUAUUUUCGCAUUUCUACAGCUAGAGUCUUGGGAAUAUCUCAAAUCAGACAAUUGAGAUACCAAAGUAGAAAUGCGAAAUUAAAUACACAUACAUCUUCGCAAGUAUCAACCUCGAUACCGAAACCGGAUUCUAAAGACAAAAAUGGAUGGUCAACACAAAAUGCUCUGUUGUUGGCGGCGGCCACCGCCGGCUUAGCUUAUACGUUUGCCUUGGUACGGGAAAAGAAGAGGAGGGGUGAGGGUAGGGAUUAUGCGGAUCCAGAGAAGUUUACGGUACCUCGAUAUGCAGAUAUUAAGGAGAUGGAAAUGGCUUUGAAGGAAAUUCAAGAAGCUACAAAUGAAGAUACUAUUUCUACGGACCCGGAAGAUUUGUUGGCUCAUGGAUACUCAGAAUGGUCAUCUACCAAUGUCGAUGGCUUACCAGUAGCAGUAGCUUAUCCAAAAUCUACUGAAGAGGUCUCUAAAAUUGCUUCGAUAUGUCACAAAUAUCGAGUACCAAUUGUUCCAUAUUCAGGAGGAUCGAGUUUGGAAGGAAACGUAUCAUGUCCUUAUGGAGGUGUUAGCGUGGAUUUUGCUUUCAUGGACCAAAUCAUUGCAUUUCACCCAGAGGAUAUGGAUAUUGUUGUUCAACCAUCUGUUUCGUGGAUGGAUCUCAAUGAUGAGCUGGCAAAACGUCAAUCCGGACUUUUCUUCCCAGUAGAUCCAGGUCCAAGUGCCAAAAUUGGAGGUAUGGUAGGAACAAAUUGUUCCGGUACCAACUGCGUUCGUUACGGUUCUAUGAAAGAUUGGGUCAUAAAUCUAACCGUCGUUCUCUCCGACGGAACAAUUAUCAAAACCAAACGACGACCUCGUAAAUCCUCCGCAGGUUACAAUCUCAAUAGUCUCUUCGUAGGCUCUGAAGGAACCCUGGGUCUUGUGACCGAAAUCACGCUCAAACUCGCUGUCGUACCAUCGGAAUACUCAGUCGCUGUAGUCACUUUCCCUACAAUCCGUGAUGCGGCGGCAGCAGCAGCAGGUGUCAUGCGUGCGGGUAUUCAAGUCGCAGCUAUGGAAAUCAUGGACGAAGUACAAAUGAAAGUCGUCAAUCUAUCCAAAUCCACCGCCCCGCGUCAAUGGAAAGAACUCCCUACCCUCUUCUUCAAGUUCUCCGGUACGAAAGCUUCAGUUAAGGAAAACAUAGCAAUGGUUUCCUCCAUCGCGAAAUCCCAUCGCGGCAGCUCCUUUGAAUUCGCAAAAGACGCGCGAGAACAAAAGUUAUUGUGGUCAGCGAGAAAAGAAUCAUUAUGGAGUAUGCUAGCAUUGAGAAAAAAUGGAAGCGAAGUCUGGAGUACGGAUGUGGCCGUGCCAUUUUCGAGAUUGGCGGAUAUCAUUGAGUUGAGCAAGAAAGAAAUGGAUGAUUUGGGACUUUUUGCUAGUAUCUUGGGUCAUGUGGGAGAUGGAAAUUUUCAUGAAAGUAUCAUGUAUGAUCGGACGGUGCCGGGGGAAAUGGAGAAGGUGGAGAGGUGUGUGAAGAAUAUGGUGGUUAGAGCCUUGGAGAUGGAGGGGACGGUUACGGGCGAACAUGGAAUAGGUAUUGGAAAGAAAGAAUCUCUUCUCCUGGAACUGGGACAUGAUACUUUGGGAGUCAUGAAAUCUAUCAAAUCGGCAUUAGAUCCACACUGGAUAAUGAAUCCAGGUAAAAUCAUCGAUAUCCCCAAGUAAAUCCACUUCGCUUCGCUUCGUUUUCGUUUUCGCUUUCGCUUACUGGGUCCCUUUCUUCUUUCCUUUUAUGGUUUGGUAUAUUAGGAUAUAUUAAAUAUUCACAUUACAUCGCAUCACAUCACAUUACAUAUCAUCAAAAUCACCUUGGUACCACCUACUUGCAUCUUGGAGGUAAAGUUGUUAAAUCUUCAGGAAAUGCAUUUUGUGGGAAGGAUUGAAAAAUGAAUAGAAGCGGAACUAAAAUUGCAUAGGCAUUGAUAGGUAUAGGUAUUGGUAUUGGUCUUGGCAUGGAUGGGUAUGACCAUAAGCAUGAGAAUAAGCAUUGGGGUAGGAAGGGAGGGAGGUGGAUGUCUGUUUGUUUUGCUUUUUGCAUUUGCGUUUGCGUUUGUGUUUGUAUCCAUGUUUGCGUUUGUAGGAAGUUGUAUUGUGUUUGUAUUCGAAGUUGGAUGAAUUUUGAAUCUUGCUUGGAGAUUAGGAACUUGGAUUUGGAUUUGUGUUGUGGCAUUGAGACAUUGUUGCGUUCCGUCGCGUUGCGUUCGUUGAAUUGUGUUGAGUUCUAUCCCGCCCCCGUUGCGUUGAAUUAAGUUGAACUGAGUCCUAUCACACCGCAUAUCAUCCAAACAUUUCAAACGAAUGCCAUAUUCUCCCUCGUAUUGAUUUGACUUGCUCGGGAAUGAAAUGGAAUGAAAUGAGAGGCAGUCCGCUUCGGAGGAGGAACCGCAAGAAAAGGCAGAAGGGGUAGUGUAUCUAUUCAGAUGUUUGGUUAUUUUGAAUUUUGGAAUUUUUGAUCUGCAUUACAUUGUAUUGUAUUUGGAAUGGAUGGUGGGGGAGAGAGGAAAGGGG